AGAGGGAGAGAGAGCUGCAAACAAAUAAACCCGGGUUUCCAACACGAGUUAAACGUACCAAACCUCUCUCCCUUCCAUCUCCCGUCCUCUUCUCCUACGUCUUCCGAGCCGGCCCAGCACGGCCCCAAUUUCCUGGUUUCCUUGCUUCUCUAUUCCCUCAAAAUAACCACUGCAGUGCUUAGGCUCGUGCGGUAGUAACGAGAAGUUUUCUAAAUGACCGGAAGUGACCAAGGGAGUUUGACCAGGACUCUUAAAGACCUAUUCGCUGGGGCAGUUGGAGGGGUUGCGCAGGUUCUUAUAGACAUUGUUAAGGUUAGGUUGCAGACUUCUUCGCACUAUGUGGGUGCGCUGGAUGCUGCGGCAAAGAUUUAUAAGAAUGAAGGGACUUUGGCGUUUUAUAAGGGAACCUUGACUCCAUUGAUCGGGAUAGGGGCCUGUGUCAGCAUUCAGUUUGGAGCAUUCCACGACGCACGUCGCAGGAUUGCGGCAUACAACGCUCAGAGACAUCCCGAGAGAACCGACCUCACCUAUGGGCAAUACUACCUUGCCGGUGCCGCUGCUGGAGUGGCAAACAGUACAAUCUCCGGUCCGAUAGAGCACGUCCGUAUCCGCCUCCAAACCCAACCCCACGGUGCCGCCCGCCUCUACGAUGGCCCGGCAGACUGCGUCCGCAAGCUUCUCAAAACCGGCGGCGUAGCGAACGGCCUCUACCGUGGCGAAGUAGUCACCAUCCUUCGAGAAGCUCAGGCCUAUGGGGUCUGGUUCCUGACAUUCGAAUACCUCAUGAAGAUGGAAUCUCGCAACAAGCCCCGCUCCGACAUCCCGUCGUGGAAAAUUGCACUCUACGGAGGUCUUGCGGGAGAGGCGCUCUGGCUCGCCUCUUACCCCCUCGACGUCGUCAAAAGUAGGAUGCAGACGGACAGGAUUGGGAGUCAUCGUGCCUAUAAGAACAUGAGGGAUUGCUUUGCAAAGACCUAUGUAAAGGAGGGGUUCAUGGGGUUCUGGAAGGGUCUAGGACCGACGCUGUUGAGGGCCAUGCCGGUGUCUGCGGGGACGUUCUUUGUGGUUGAAACUGUCAUGAGAGCAAUUCACUAGGAUGGUUUCCCAUUUCGUUCCUAUGAUAUAUCUCAUGUUUGCCCCAUUUGCGGAUAGGUAGACAGUUUGUUUUGACAGUUUGUUUGUAGAGAACCUACGAUUGACACCAUGUGAUACAUCCUUGUCCUUUAGCUUCCCCCUCUUUCUUGUUGUUUCUUACGAUGCGAUGUCUGGCACUUUUUUCCUUCCUCUCUGUUUCCACCAAUUUCCCCAAGAACACUGUCUAUAGGAAGCCCGUUUUUUUGUUUCAACUCUAGGAUACAGUACGGAGCAGAAUUGUAUAUACAAAUAGAGGGAGUUUCGUAUUUACCUAACGGCCCGCAAAUGCAUCCGUUCCCGCGUCCGCUCCAUUAUCUUAUCUAAUUGUCAUAUUC